AUGUACGAACAGUCAGGACCAUACCCAGGACCAACCCCGCAAUAUGGCCAGUCCCAAUACCCACCCUACGCCCCUCCCGCCCAGCCGUUAUAUGACAAUGGCGAUACCAAAAACCCAUACGAAGGGGAUCGAUUCAAGCCCAAAAAGAAGAUAAACGACCCCAUUUUCCUCAUCCUGUUUAUUCUUCAACUCGUUGGGUUCGCUGUUUUGUCAGCAGUCGCGUUACAUUCAUGGGUCUCCCAAGGAGGACUGGGCGGAGGAUUGGGAAAGUCAGGAAGUCACACGGGGACGUCGGUGACGUUGAACCGGAGCACCGUCUAUCUCUUGCUUCUAGUCACAGCAGCCGCGGUGCUCUUGUCCGCUCUCUAUCUUAUGCUGACACGCGCCUUUACCAAGAUAAUUAUGCACAUCACACUCAUCCUUUCAAUCCUUCUCAAUAUCGGAAUUUGCGUGUACUACUGGAUUACGAGAUAUUACUCUGGGGCCAUCAUCUUCACCAUCAUUGCCAUCCUCUCAGUUUUGUCCUACUUUGGCUUUAGAUCCCGCAUCCCUCUUGCGGCCCUGCUACUUCAAGUCGUCAUGGACGUUUCCAAGCAUCAUUUAAGCGUCUACGUUGUUGCCUUCACUGCGCUCUUUGUUCAGGCAGCACUGUCGGUCUGGUACACAUUCACUGUGAUCGCAACAUAUUCCAAGUGGACCCCUGGAAGUCCAUCCUGCGAUACCUCUAGUUGCAGCAGCGGAAAAGUCGCUGGACUCAUCUUCUUUGAAACAUUCUCAUUCGUCUGGACUUCUCAAGUCAUCGGCAACGUCUCACUAGCUACGCUUGCUGGCGGACCAUACGGAUCAUGGUACUACUUUGGUCCAAGAGAACUUGGCGAAAUGCCGAAGCAUCCUACCAUCUCUGCAUUCGGUCGAGCAUCCACCCUCUCCCUUGGCUCGAUUGCCUUCGGUUCAUUGAUCGUCACCAUUUUGGAAAUGAUUCGGCUCCUUCUCAAUGCUGCCCAGAAUAAUGCAAAUGCCGACGGACAUCCUGUGGAAGCUUUGCUUGCAUGCUGUGCCGCGUGCUUUAUUGGUAUUCUUGAGAGUAUGGUUGAAUACUUCAACAGAUAUGCAUACAUAGAGAUCGCUUUGUACGGAAAAGCAUAUAUCCCAGCAGCCAAAGAUACAUGGCGAAUGUUUAAAGAUCGAGGAAUCGAUGCUCUCGUCAACGAUUCUCUUGUCGGGAUGACGUUGAUGUGGGGAGCGUAUGCCAUAGGCCUCCUUUCAUCCCUAUUUGCAUAUCUCUACUUGCGGCUCACCGCACCUUCUUAUAAUGCAAGCGGUCAAUAUACGGCGCCCGUCCUGUUAUUUGCAUUUUUCAUUGGGCUCGUUUGUUCCACCACACUAUCGUCAGCAAUCGAGGCUGGUGUUUCAACAAUAUUCGUCGGACUCGGGGAAGAUCCACAGGUCUUGGCGAUCCGUGCUCCUGCGCUAUUCACGUUGAUUGCCGAUACAUACCCAGCUGUGACAAGAGGCGUUCCCCGAAACUAG